AUGAUCCAACAGUACCACCAGCCAAUGUACAGGCGUCGUCAGGUUCCUUCCAACACGCAAGCCAACUUGGCAGAGACUGCGACACCUGCGACCUAUGAUAACAAAAUCAGCAGGUCUGCCUUCGUCCCUGCCUGGAAGAAUCCGACUGGGGGACAUCGAUCACCCUACUACGGCAACGGUCUCGUCUCAAGUGCGCACAGUUCCUUCACUCCUUUUCGUUGGGCUCCGCCUCCUCGGAGGCCGGUGCCGUACAGUGGGCGCAACAGUAUCCUCAACUUCGACCUGACACUGAAUAUGGCAUUCACGAGGUGGAUGGAGGUGCUGGUCAAUAUGUGCCACCCCUUGUACAUCCGCAAGAUGCGCCUGCCUACCCUGAAAGGAAGCCCCGAGAUUAUGCGGUGGGUUGGCAUUAACCCCUGCCUCCCAUCUCAUAUUAUUAUCCUGCACUCCACCACCAGAACUUAUGCUUUUCCUCUCGCUGAAUCGCCCUCAGGCCCCAGCUUUUGCUAA